AUGCCACCAAAGAAGCGUAAGGCAGAAUCCGAGGAUGAUGCCCCCACCAGCUCUAAGAAGGGGAAGCGGAUUGGAACCAAGGUUAAAGGGAAAGGUGCUAGUUCUAAAGUUAAUGAAGGAGUUGGUAGCUCUGAGGAGAGAGGAGGGAAGGUUGAGAAGUUCCCUGGAGCUAGUGUUGAACUCAACCAGGAGAAACCCAGGAGACAGGCGUUCAACAUCUCAGUCAAGAUUGGGAACAACGUUCAUCUUGUGUGGAAUGGGAAGGAGAAGGGACCACCCAGGAAGGAGAAAUGGCCUGAGAAGACUGUUCUGAUGAAGAACAUCCAAGAGCUCCUCUAA